GGUCAGAGUUACUCAUUGCCUAAUUCCUCAUUCUACCCCCUCAUUCCUCCAGGCUGCGAAGCACAGUGAAAUCAUUCUGUUCACAAGCUACAGCAGUCUUUCAGAGUCCCUUGAGCUCUUAAACAGAACAGUUGCAUUGCAAAAGAAAGCAUCCUGGGGAAGAAGAGCUGCCCUUGUUGGCUCCUGAGUUUCAUCAAAGAAGGAAGGCAAAGAAGGCAUCAAAGUCAAGACAUCCAACUGUAGACAAAGGGUGAAGUUGAAGAGGGCUGUGGAAAACUCAGAAAAGAGGAAAGACCAAGCAAGAAGAGCAAACCUGCACCAUGAGUCAUCCAAAGUAUACGCGUAUGGAAGAUGAUACUUCUGAUGUUCUGAAUCCACCUCCAUACUCUAAUGCUUCUGAUGGGCCUAUGCCACCCCAGUAUCAGCCUUAUUAUAAUCCACCUGGUGCAAGAAUCAACAGUGAACCAGUCUUUCAGUCUUCUCAGACCAUUGUCACCCAUGGUCAGACCAUCUCUGAACCUGAUUACAUGGCUUACUCCAUCUUCACUAUUCUUUGCUGUUGUCUUCCUCUAGGGAUUGCUGCCUUGGUCUACUCUGUAAAGACUCAAGAAGCCAAUCGUGUUGGAAACAAGAUAUCUGCUCAGAAGAAUUCAAGGCUGGCACGCAACCUGGCUCACACUGCAUUAGGGAUUGGCCUUACAUUUCUGAUUGUGUACAUCAUUCUUUUUGUGAUCAAUUCUACCAAGAUAAGAAACUGAGCCACCAACAGUCCCAAGAUCAUUCCAAACCAGAUAGGAACCUGAACCUCCAACCCCACCAUAAAACCCUCCAUCUAAAAUACCCUACCUUCCAUCCCAGGAACAUCAGUGAUAUACAAGACAGAGAAGCCAAGGUUUGGGAUUAUGCUCUCUGAACCAUUAUCCACAGAAAGAAACUUGCUAUGAGCUGCUACAUACGUCCACAUGACUUUCGUACACUUGACUUGAUGACCAAAUACAAAAUUGGCAAUGUGUGAAUGGCAGCUGGUCCAGCAUCAAAUGCAACCUUCAGAUGGCAUGAAACACCGACCUUCUGAAAGAUGGACUGCCCCCAUCCAAUGAUGACCGUAUAUGAUUCACCUUCAAAAUGGAACACAGAUAGCACAAACCAAAACCAGAAAAUCAGGAGGAGGCUCCAAAGAUCACAUGUAAAACAUUGCCUUGUUUAGUAAAGGGACAGUCCUCAUGUUCAUGGCUGCAUUAUUUGCCAGAGAUAAAAGCAGUAAAACUUGUUGGUUGUUCCAACCAAAGAAAAAUCGUUAAAUCAAGAAUGGUGUGUCAACAUACCAUGAUUGAAAUAAAUCAACAUUUGAUCCAUUCCUUUCAAUCACUGAAAAGAGAGAUCACCUACCCAGUGUAACCAUCCCUUCUGCCCAGUUCCAAAUUCUUCCUCUAGUUUGCACUAAUUUUACAGGCUUCCUCUGAAUUGCUCUAUUUUCCAGCCUUGCUGCUUAGGUUCCAUCUUUAUUUGGUUCUCUUUUCUCUGUCUGAUGCAUUAUCUCAAUUGGUAAUAGUUUGGAUUGCUUGUUUUAAAUGCCAUAUUUUUUCACCUUGUGGUGAAAAAAUAUAACAGGGGGAAAUAUAAUUACUCUACUGUCAGCAACCAAGAGUUUAAAUGACAAAAUUCUCCAUUUUGACUAAUAACAGAUGAGCUAGUCAUUGACCGUAAUAAAGUGAACUUGAACUUGAA